GCCGAGCGCAGGGCGCAGCCGAGCCCCGGGCGCCUCGACCACAGGUGCCCGCGGCCGGGGCCCCGACCCCGGACCCCGACCGGACCCCCUCCAGGCCCCCGACCCCGACCCCAACCCGGCACCCCGACCCCGACCCCGAGCCCGGACCCCAGCCUGACUCCAGUCCGGGACCCCGACCCAGGCCUUGACUCCUGACAGCCGGACCCCGCCCGACUGCAGCCUAGAUCCCGACCCCGGACCCCGACCCGGAACCCCAACCAGCUCCCCGACCCCCGAAUCCGAUCCCGCCCCUGACCUCCGACCCCGACCCCGGACCCCUGACCUCGGACCCCGACCCUGAUCCUCUGAUCUCUGACCCCCGACCCAACAUGACGGGGCUGGAGGAGGACCAGGAGUUCGACUUUGAUUUCCUCUUCGAGUUUAACCAGAGCGACGAGGGCGCCGCCGCGGCCCCCGCAGAGCACUACAGUUACGUCACCUCCGGCAUCGGCUCCGGCCUGCCCCUCUCCUCCGCCCACCCCUCACUGCCGGCCCCGUGCCACGACCUGCAGACCUCGGCCCCGGGCAUCUCCGCCGCAGGCUACGGGGCCGCCCUGGACGGCGGGCCCUCGAGCUAUUUCCUCUCGUCCGGCGGAGUCAGGCCCAACGGGGCCCCGGCCCUGGAGAGCCCCCGCAUCGAGAUCACCUCCUACCUGGGGCUGCACCACGGCAACGGCCAGUUCUUCCAUGACGUGGACGUGCAAGAUGUCCUUCCCAGCUGCAAGCGGUCCCCGUCCACGGCCACCCUGAACCUGCCCAACCUGGAGGCCUACCGCGACCCCUCGUGCCUGAGCCCGGCCAGCAGCCUGUCGUCCCGCAGCUGCAACUCCGAGGCCUCGUCCUACGAGUCCAGCUUCUCCUACCCGUGCGCGUCCCCGCAGACGUCCCCGUGGCAGUCCCCCUGCGUGUCCCCCAAGGCCACAGACCCCGAGGAGGGCUUCCCCCGCGGCCUGGGGGCCUGCGGCCUGCUCGCGUCCCCGAGGCACUCUCCCUCCACCUCGCCGCGCGCCAGCGUCACCGAGGAGAGCUGGCUGGGGGCCCGCACGUCCAGGCCCUCGUCCCCCUGCAACAAGCGGAAGUACGGCCUCAACGGCCGGCAGCUGUCCUGCUCCCCCCACCACUCGCCCACGCCGUCCCCGCAAGGGUCGCCACGGGUCAGCGUCACCGACGACACCUGGCUGGGCAACACCACGCAGUACACCAGCUCGGCCAUCGUGGCCGCCAUCAACGCCCUGAGCACCGACGGCAGCCUGGACCUGGGCGACGGCGUCCCCAUCAAGGCCCGCAAGACCGCCCUGGACCACUCGCCCUCGGUGGCGCUCAAGGUGGAGCCGGCCGGGGAGGACCUGGGGGCCACGCCGCCCACGUCUGAUUUCCCACCCGAGGAGUUCUCGUCCUUCCAGCACAUCCGCAAGGGCGCCUUCUGCGACCAGUACCUGUCGGUGCCGCAGCACCUGUACCCGUGGGCCCGGCCGCGGUCUCCGACGUCCUACACCAGCCCGUCUCUCCCUGCCCUCGACUGGCAGCUGCCGUCACACUCAGGACCGUACGAGCUGAGGAUCGAGGUGCAGCCCAAGUCCCACCACAGAGCUCAUUACGAGACGGAGGGGAGCCGGGGGGCUGUGAAGGCGCUGGCCGGAGGACACCCCAGUGUGCAGAGUUUCAUCGGCCAGCAGAACUGAGGACAGCGCAGUUCA